UCUUUUGGGUGACCCUGACGAAGACAAAGCCAGGACACAGUCUUUGUAUGGCAGAGUCGCGUCUCCCGCCCGCCUGGGCCGGUGAACUGCCCGGCGAAGAUACUCUGCCCAAGGCAGAGGCACCUUGCCCACUUACCCUUCCUUGCUUUGCACCCCGCUUGAAUGACUCAUUUUCCCCUGAACUGUGCCCAUUUUGAGGGGUUGCUGCAGGCUAUGGUGAGUGGAGAGGGCAUGGAAGGUUAGCAAAGUCAGGGACAGAGGAAGAAAAAACAAAACAGUACCUGCUGGGGGUAGGGAUGCUGGGGUUGGAACUACUUUAACAUCUGGCGGGGACCCUCAAAUGUGGCAAGGCGAGUCACUUGAUUACACGUAUGUUAUUUAGUUAAAUUUGUGAAAAUUAUGAGAUGCUCACCAACCCGGUGAUAAACUCGCUCCCUCCCCAUUGGCUGGCCUGGUCACAUGGCCGUCCAACUUUAUUCAGUUGACAGCAAGUAGGAGGGCCCUAUGGAAGGAGAAAAAAAGACAACACGAGAAAAAUUAGUAUUUUCUACCUUCUGAAAUUAAUGGCCAUGAGUUCGUAUAUGGUGAACUCCAAGUAUGUGGACCCCAAGUUUCCUCCGUGUGAGGAAUAUUUGCAGGGCGGCUACCUAGGCGAGCAGGGCACCGACUACUACAGCAGCGGCGCACAGGGCGCUGACUUCCAGCCCCCGGGGCUCUACCCGCGGCCCGACUUUGGUGAGCAACCUUUUGGAGGCGGCGGCCCUGGGCCGGGCUCAGCACUGCCUGCACGGGGUCACGGGCAAGAGCCCAGCGGCCCCGGCAGUCACUACGGUGCCCCAGGAGAGCCGUGCCCGGCGCCCCCGCCCGCACCCCUGCCUGGCGCCCGGGCCUGCAGCCAGCCGGGCGGCCCAAAGCAGCCGCCCCCCGGGACGGCACUCAAGCAGCCCGCCGUGGUGUACCCCUGGAUGAAGAAGGUGCACGUGAAUUCGGUGAACCCCAACUACACCGGCGGGGAGCCCAAGCGUUCCCGGACGGCCUACACCCGGCAGCAAGUCCUAGAACUGGAAAAGGAAUUUCAUUUUAACAGGUAUCUGACAAGGCGUCGUCGGAUUGAAAUCGCUCACACCCUGUGUCUAUCCGAGCGCCAGAUCAAGAUCUGGUUCCAGAAUCGGAGGAUGAAGUGGAAAAAAGACCACAAGCUGCCCAACACCAAGGGCAGGUCAUCAUCAUCAUCUUCUUCUUCUUCAUCUUCCUGCUCCUCCUCAGCUGCCCCGGGCCAGCAUUUGCAGCCAAUGGCCAAGGACCACCACACGGACCUGACGGCCUUAUAGAAGUGGGGAUCCUGGGCCCAUCCCUCUCUGUGCUCCAGGCUGAGCCGAAGCUGUGGGGGCAGGCCGGGCCUGCUGUCACCUCGCUGGGUUCUAAGGUACUGUGGGGUGGACCUGGGACCUGCAGGCCGCCCUCGGACUAGGUUAGCAUCCUGCCCGAGGGCAGCCCCCUCCCUAGAGUGGGGAUGGGGGUGGGAGGGUGGGCGGGAUUCUGUAAGUAUAUGAUCCUAUGGCAGGAGCUACUGAGAACAUAAAACCCUGGCGAGUCAUUAAACUCAUGAAAAUCUCUGCUGUUGGAUUUUGAAUUUGCAAAUGAAGGUUGGAUGCUUUAUCCCAGUGUGGAUUUGGACGUUCUCCCCCACUCCACCCCUCCAGGGAGCUUUGUGGUUUACUUCAUGUGGGGGAGUUGAAGCAGAAGGUUGCCCCCCCCCUGCUAGGUGCUUCCAGUGAGACCAGGAGAGACUGCCAAAAUUUCUGAACUUUCUGACGUGGCUUGUAUUAUUGCCAGUGUGCUAAAAAGAAUGCCAUGCU